CCAGCGCUCCUGAACGUCAUCACUGCCCGACGGACAUAAGAACAGAGGGUUCUCGUAGCAACCUUUCACCACCUUUGGCUCCCGUUUUUCGCUAAGAUGAGCACCUGCCCUUCCUCCUUUCCUUCUGACCCUGAGCUGCGAGUCCGGCGCACGUUGAAGAAGGUCUUUGGGUUUGAUUCUUUUAAGACACCUUUACAGGAGAGUGCGACCAUGGCUGUAGUGAAAGGUGACAAGGAUGUCUUUGUGUGCAUGCCCACAGGGGCAGGAAAAUCCCUCUGCUAUCAGCUCCCUGCCCUGUUGGCCAAAGGCAUCACCAUUGUAGUUUCUCCUCUCAUUGCUUUGAUUCAGGACCAAGUGGAUCACUUGCUGGCCCUGAAGGUACAAGUGAGUUCCCUAAACUCAAAGCUCUCAGCGCAGGAGAGGAAGGAGCUGCUCUCUGACCUGGAGCAAGAAAAGCCCCGGACCAAACUUCUGUACAUCACCCCAGAGAUGGCAGCAUCAGCCUCCUUCCAGCCUGUCCUGAAAUCCCUGGUGUCCCGCCACCUGCUCUCUUACUUGGUGGUGGAUGAAGCUCAUUGUAUUUCCCAGUGGGGGCACGACUUCCGUCCUGACUACUUGCGUCUGGGUGCCCUGCGCUCCCGCCUGGCACAUGCCCCAUGUGUGGCUCUGACUGCCACUGCCACCCUGCAGGUCCAAGAAGAUGUGUUUGUUGCCCUGCACCUGAAGCAACCAGUUGCCACCUUCAAGACUCCCUGCUUCCGGCCCAACCUCUUCUAUGAUGUGCAGUUCAAAGAGCUUAUUUCUGAUCUCUUUGGGAACCUGAGGGACUUCUGCUUUAAGGCUCUUGGGCAGAAGGCUGAUAAAGGGUUGUCUGGCUGCGGCAUUAUCUAUUGCAGGACUAGAGAGGCUUGUGAACAGCUGGCGAUAGAGCUCACUUGCAGGGGUGUGAACGCCAAGGCUUACCAUGCAGGGCUGAAGUCUUCUGAAAGAACGCUGGUGCAGAAUGAGUGGAUGGAGGAGAAGGUCCCUGUGAUUGUUGCAACCAUUAGUUUUGGGAUGGGAGUGGAUAAAGCCAAUGUCAGGUUUGUUGCCCACUGGAAUAUUGCCAAGAGUAUGGCUGGGUACUACCAGGAGUCUGGCCGGGCCGGCAGGGAUGGGAAGCCUUCGUGGUGCCGUCUCUAUUACUCUAGGAAUGACCGGGACCAAGUCAGCUUCCUGAUCAGGAAGGAAAUAGCAAAACUUCAGGAAAAGAGAGGGAACAAAGCAUCUGAUAAAGCCGCUCUCUUGGCCUUCGAUGCCCUGGUGACCUUCUGUGAAGAAUUGGGGUGUCGCCAUGCUGCCAUUGCCAAGUACUUCGGGGAUGCGCUGCCCACCUGCAUCAAAGGCUGUGACCACUGCCAGAACCCCGCGGCCGUGCGGAGGCAGCUAGGUGCCUUGGAGCACAGCGGCAGCAGCUGGAGCAAGACCUGCAUCAGGCCUUCCCAGGAGAAUGGCUUCGACCCUGAGCUGUAUGAGGGAGGCCGCAGGGGCUAUGGGGGCUUUAGCAGGUAUGAUGAAGGUUCUGGAGGCAGCGGGGAUGACGGCAGAGAUGAGGCCCACAAGCGGGAGUGGAAUCUCUUCUAUCAGAAGCAGAUGAGCCUGCGCAAGGGCAAAGACCCCAAGGCAAAAGAAUUCAUACCCCCAGAUGAGGACUGUCCCCUGAAAGAGGCUUCUAGCAGGAAGAUCUCUGGGCUCACUGUGAAGGCCCGUGAGCACUGCCUGGGGCUUCUGGAGGAGGCUCUGAGUAGUAACCACCAGGCCACAGGUUCCACUGAUGGAGCUGACUUCCAGGUCAAGGCCGUGGAGCUGGAACAUGAGACGUUCCGAAAUGCCAAGGUGGCCAACCUGUACAAGGCCAGCGUGCUGAAGAAGGUGGCUGCGAUUCACAAAGCCUCCAAGGAUGGGCAGCUCUAUGAUGUGGGAGGUGGUGCCAGGAGCCGUGGUCCCCUGGCCAAGCCCCCAGAGCCUGACGAGUACGACAUCCCACCAGCUUCCCAGGUGUACUCGCUCAAACCCAAGCGGGUGGGAGCUGGUUUCCCCAAAGGCUCCUGCCCAUUCCAGACAGCCACUGAGCUGCUGGAGAAGACCAAGGUGCAAGCCCCCCAGCCCAUGCAGGAAGGCAAGGAGGAGCCCCCCAACCAGCCCUGUGACCUGCAGGAGGAGGAUGGAAGUGAGCCCUUUCCUGGGCCCAGAGGAGAGGCCCCUGGUGGGGGGCCCUCCCCAGAGAAGGUGGUGAAAGGCUCUGCUGGGGGCAGCUCCAUGGCCAAGGCCAGGGCCAGCAAGAAACAGCAGCUCCUCGCCACAGCAGCCCACAGGGAUUCUCAGAACAUCACUCGCUUCUUCUGCCAAAAGUCGGAAAGCUCACUUCUGCUCACUUCAACCCCAAGGGCAGAAGGUGCCUGCCCCUCCUGUGAGGGGGUACAGAGACCCCCAAUGUCCCCAGAGAAGUGCACAGAGGAAGAAGAUGGAGCCCAGGGAUGUUUGACUGACCUUCCCCAGACUGAGCGGUGCCCCAGGGAGGGGCCCAGCGUCUGCCCACUCAGAGACCAGGGGCCCCCUGAAGACCAUCCUACCCCUGCAGAGGAGACACAGACGGGCAAGCGGCCCAGACCCCAGCAGGAGAUCCCAGAAAGCUGGGCUCAGAAGAGGCCUCGCCCCUCAGCCAAGCCCUCCGUCUUAGCUGAGGUCAAGGGCAGCGUCUCGGCCAACGAUCAGGGCACCUUGAACUCCACAGCCCAAGACCCCCGCCAGCUGUCGGCUCCUGGCAUCUCCUUGAAGGAGGCUGCGAACAUUGUGGUCAAGUGCCUGACCCCUUUCUACAAGGAGGGCAAGUUUGCAUCCAAGGAAUUAUUUAAAGGCUUUGCUCGCCACCUCUCACACCUGCUGACUCAGAAGACUUCUGGAAGGAGUGUGAAAGAAGAGGCCCAGAACCUCAUCAAGCAGUUUUUCCAUGGCCGGGCCCAGUGUGAGAGUGAAGCUGACUGGCAUGGCCUGUGUGGCCCACUGAGAUGACCAACUGCUGGCCGGGCAGGGCCAGCAUCCUCCCCCAGACUCUGCUGUGGGAAAGCCUGGGCCUUACCUGCUGAUACCAGGGUUAUCGUUUUUACAACCACACCCUGCUUUGUAAGUGGCCCCAGACAUGUCCCAAAUCAAGGUCAGAGGCCAGAGGUCAGCCCACUUUUCUUUCUGCUUGCAAAGCCUGUGGUCCUUUCUCAGAGGCUCCCUUCCUCUCCUGGCCCUGGUGGCUGGGUUUUCUGAGCCAGAUCCCCUGGUUAUAAGGUGGCAGGUGGUGUGGCUGCUGCCAGGGGAGGAGGAAGGAGGAGUAGCCCCUCCACCUCUUGUACUUAAGUUUUAAGCCAGGGCAGGGCCCAUCUGUCAAGGUAUUGGGGCCUACUCAGGGGAGCCCCUGCUGGCCUCAGGCUCAGCACUUGUGGGCAGAGGGCAGCAACCAGGCCUUGCACAGCUCCUAGUCAGGAAGACCAGGCCCGACUGAGAUGUUUACAAGAGGAAUAAAAGUCCUAU